UUCCCUCUCAAGAUAGUUGGUUGAUUGGUUCCGACGCUGUCUCCUCCUUCUUCGAACAAACAAUCCUAUCCAAAGCAUGAUGCAGAUCAGCUCCACCCUACCAGCGCAGAACCUCCACAUGUUCCAAACACGACGCAACAGCUUCCGAUGCCGAGCCUCCCCUCUGAACCCUUCCACAACCCCACCACCACCACCACCAACAACAACUACUACAACUUCUCCUCAGUCCAUGAAACCCCUCACUUCAACCGACUCCACGCGCCUGCAUCUCUCCAACCUCGAUAAACUCCUCCAGAAGCAGUCACCGCCACAACUCAACAACCACUUCAACCACCCACAACAACCCACCAUUCAAAACAACAAAACACCGGAGAAGAAGGGAAAGAACGUCCUCCAAGGCCUCAACCUCGCUCGUCUAUGGCCCGACAUGAAAGCCACCGAAGAAAUGUCGCCGCGCCACCUCAACCGCCUCCAGCGGUUACUCUCCAAGACGGGGGAGUCCCCCCCGCGCACCCCCCUCGGCAGCCGGUGGCGGGAGUAUCACGGCAGUAACGACUGGAAAGGCAUGCUGGACCCUCUGGAUGAGAAUCUCCGGCGAGAGGUGGUGCGCUACGGCGAGUUCGUACAAGCCGCGUACCAUUCCUUCCACGGCAACCCCGCCAUGUCCGCGGAGGAGCCACCGCUCCCCCGCCACAUGGUCCUACCCGACCGCUCCUACCGCGUGACGAAAUCCCUCUACGCCACGUCAUCCAUCGGGUUACCCAAAUGGGUGGACGACGUGGCACCCGACCUCGGUUGGAUGACCCAGCGCUCAAGCUGGAUCGGAUACGUCGCCGUUUGCGAGGACAGAAGAGAGAUAGCGCGCCUGGGGAGAAGAGACAUCGUCAUCUCCCUCCGCGGAACCGCCACGUGUCUGGAAUGGGCCGAAAACAUGCGGGCCCAGUUGAUGGAGGUGGAAAAAGCCUCUUUAGCCCAAGCCCAAGCGAAAGUGGAGUGCGGCUUCCUGAGCCUCUACAAGACACGCGGGAGCCACGUGCCGAGCUUGGCGGAGUCUGUUAUGGCAGAAGUGAAAAGGGUAAUCGAAGUGUACAAAGGGGAAGCGCUGAGCAUUAGCAUCACGGGGCAUAGCUUGGGUGCGGCACUCGCGUUGCUGGUGGCGGAUGACGUCAGCACUUGCUGCGACGACGUCCCACCCGUGGCUGUUUUUUCCUUUGGUGGGCCCAGGGUUGGUAACCGGGCCUACGGGGAGAAGCUCAGGGCCCAAAACGUGAAAGUUCUGAGAAUUGUGAACUCGCAGGACGUGAUAACGCGGGUUCCUGGAAUGUUGGUGAGCGAGGAGGUUGAGCGGAAGCUGCGAAGGUCCAUGGUUGGGGGAGUGCUGGAUAUGGUGGAUGAGUACUCCCACAUGGGAACAGAGCUCCGUGUGGAUACUAAGAUGUCUCCGUAUCUGAAACCGGAUGCUGACAUGGCAUGUUGUCAUGACUUGGAGGCUUAUUUACACCUUGUGGAUGGGUUUUUGGCUUCCAAUUGUCCCUUCAGGGCCAAUGCUAAGAGAAGCUUGGCUAGGUUGAUGCAAUAUCAGGGUGCCAAUGUAAAGAAAUUGUACACUAGUAAGGCUAAGGCCUUGACUCUCAAUCUUCAAAGACAGGGCUCCUUCUCUAUCUCUGGUUGUUUGCCUAGUCCCUCCUAAGUCUUAAUUAAUCAAAUGUGAAUACAAUUUACAAACUUACCAACAACCUUAUGUCUACGCAUUCUGUCAUGUUUCUGCAUAUAUUUCAUGGCGUUCUUGAGUUAAAUAAUUCUUAUGUUCAACUUGAAUAUAAAAAGGAUCUAUGUUGUUUAAGAAA